AUGUGUCUGUUGCGAGGCAAAUCCCAUCCUAUUCUAGCUUCGCUUUAUGUUUAUCAGCAUCUUUGGUUCGAGUUCGACGUAGUGUAUCUUCAUGCAUCUCCAUCUCUGUAUCGCGUAUCAUCUAAGUACUAUAUUACUUUGAUUUUUUUUCCCCUUCAUAGUAUUCUACUCGAACCCGAAUCGUCCCAGCCGAUGCGGCCUGGCCGCGGUGCAGGCAGCAGACCCUCAGCCUUAACCUUAACCAUAGUAUUUGGCUCUUAGUCUUUCUUGAUCUUUCAACAACAAGCUAAGAACAACAACAAGCGAAGAAAUAAAAGAGAUUCAGCAAAGUCCAAUCUAAGUAGCGGCACAACUUCAGAAAGCAGUGGCAAUCACAGGCUGAAAGAGGCGCUUAUUUUUUUGUAUGACUCGACAUGACUUUCCACGAAUUCUUCUAGACACCAUCUUCGAACCUCCGACAGCAUCUUCGAACCUCUCUAAUCACGACCUCCGACAUCAUCUUCGAACGCACCACGUAGACCUACCUCUUGCCAGGCACAUGAAUUAAUCAAUCGAACCGCAUCGAUAUCACCAGACUCAUUCCAAUACAGGGAACAUGAUAGUGACUCGUCGGCGUUUUGCUCAGUUCUGUUGAGCGACGCAUCUUUCCUCAAGCACAACCUGAUGGAUUCGUCGCUGUUCUUUCACA